UUAGGCCUUGCAUAAUGACUUAGCUUGCUUCAAAGAAAGAUUUCUCCAGCUUAUUAUAAGGUUUUAGCAAGUCCUCCCUCUUAGAAAAGAUGUCAGAUAUUCCAUUGAGCUUAGAAGCUAUCCGUCAGCUUCUGACGCCUUUGUCUUGUACAGAUACUUGUUAUGAGAUCGCGCACACUUGGACGCCAUCUUGUUUUGAGGGUUGCUUCUCUAUCUUCAGGUCGAUCAUGAGAGAAUCUCUGAAGAUUUAUCCGCCAUUGUACUUGGUUGCAGCCAUCCUUAGAAAAGAGAAAUUUGAAUACUUUACACAACGUUUCUUCCUAGACGUUUUACAGUCUGCACUUGCUAUAGCUGUCAAUGGUAGUUUCUUUGUUGGAUGGGUUUGUGUAGUUAGAAAAUGUUUAGGGAAAUUCUAUUUCCUGUCAAUGGGUUUGUUGCCAGGCUUCCUGGCCUCUGUGAUGGGAAUAAAUGUUGAGAGAAAGGAAAGACGAGGGAUCCUAUCAUUAUACAUGUUUAAUCUGGCAAUUGAGAUGAUAUACAAUGUUCUUAAAAAGCGUGGUUACAUUAUUCCUGUUCCUUAUGGAGAGGUGUGGAUAUUGUGUGUAACAAGUGCCAUUAUGAUGUAUUUAUACAGGAGUGAAGAUGGAUUAAGAAGAGGAGCCCUGAAGUCACUAAUUAGGUUUUUUGUUGGCUCACAAGGGCCAGAAAAUGUCAAAGGAAUCAAGAAUAAUCAGAAUGUACCUCCACAAAUUUGUAAUAGGAUUCAGUAUCAGCUGUCUUUAGACUGUAUAAAACAAAGUUUGAAAGCUUUCACUGUAGGAUUCGUGCUGCAGCUUCUUCCUCAAUUACCGAAAGCUUUCCGAACGCCAAGUAAUUUCCCACAGAGCUUGUAUAGUCCAGACAAUUUCAAAUGUGGUCUGUUUUUAGGAAGUUAUGUUGGGAUAUUUAAGGUUGUAGAGUAUUUACUGGCUGUAUAUCGUAAAAGACAAGAUAAUUUAAAUGCAUUAAUUGCUGGUGGUCUGUCAGGUCUAUCUAUGAUGUUUUAUCGUAGCUCAACUAUUGCUUUAUAUUUAGCAUCCAAAAUAGGAGAGAUUAUGUACAAAAGAGGAGUAAGGCAAGGUAUUUUGCCAACCAUUCCUCAUGCGACAAUCUGGGUGUACAGCAUCAGUACUGCAUUGAUAUUUCAUUCUGCUUCCUUUGAAGUAGAUACUGUACGCCCCUCUUACUGGAAGUACCUCAAUCAAGUAACUGGAAAAAGAUUUUUCAAGAUGAACAGACAGCGCCUUGCUCAGGUUUUUGGAGCAAAAAGCCUCAAAAUUUAUUGAAAAAAUUCUGCGAAAUCAACCGACAGAGACUAGGUGAUAUCUUUGGGCUCGACUCUGCCAAGUUGUUCCCUCCUGAUGAUCUGUACAUGUCUUUAAGAAGAUAAUGAUUUAGAGAGGAAGAGAAUAUCAUCUUUAGCAGGUGAAGAUUUGACAGUUAAAAUGGACUAAUUUUCAAAUUGGGGUAAGAUAGGGGUUCUGGACCACGCCAAGUCCUAAGCAAGAUAUUUUAAGCAAAUCGGCAACAGUGGAUUGGUAUUUAGGCCACACUCGUUUACUAAUGAUAAUUAUCCAAUUGAUUAGAGUGUCAUUUCUAACUGGGAACUUUCGUAGUACACGAGCUAAUUUUAUAAUUAUAGAAGUUGAAAGCGAAACGGUCUUAAUGAAGUAAUACCUCAUCCCUUCAUUAUCAGCCAUAAUUAUCUAAAUUAAUCAUGUUAUUUCUAACUGGAAACUAUCGUAAGACAAGCUAAUUUUAUACACUAGUAGAUCAAUUGUAGAGGUUGUUUGCACAGCAACCACAGAGGAGUUAUACCUUGAUCAUACACAGUUACUCAACAUAAUUAGCCAAAUUAUUCAUGUCAUUUCUAACUGGGAACUAUCGUAAGACAAGCUAAUUUUGUACGCUAGUAGGACUAAUUGUAGAGGUUGUAACCUUGAUCAAAUCAGUCACUAAACGUAAUUAUCCAAAUCA